UGAAUGUGUCUGCAUAGGCUCAUGACACACACACGAGCAUGCAGAAAAUCAUUACAGCUAUGAUGCAGGAACACACAUGUGCGAUGAGUGGUGAGGAGAGGCGUCCUUGACAUGUUUGUGUUUCAUUAACUUGGUGCUGUUGGUCUGAUGGUGGACUUUGGACCUGGAGGAACGGAGAGAACAGAGGAGAGGAGAAGCACAACUCUUUAAUAAGCAGGAGAGGAAGAAUGGGAUAGAGGCAAACUUCUAGCUGAGGACAUGGACUGAGAAGUAUACCAGAUGGACAUGGGCAAAGAGCGACUCACACGGGGACUGCUGCUGCGUCUGGGUGUCCUGCUCACAGCUGUGUGUGUGUGCGUUCAUGUGUACCUGGAAACAGGUUGGCGAGGAGCACCUGCACCCCUGGGACGUCCCACCCAGUCCAGUCAGAACAGGGGCCAACAAAGCCGAACCAAACCGGCAACAGAAGACCAGGACAGAAGCCUUAAAAGAAGAGUCUCAUAUGUCCGAACACUCAAGAAGGACGGCCAAGUUAAGAAGAAGGAUGAAGACAGAGAGGAGCCCUCGCCGCCCUGCUGCCCACCUCUCCGCCCGCACAGAAAGACUCCUCGGUGGCAUAUAGACUUAGAGCCCUGGGCCAGUGUGAGUCAUUCUCUGGAGGAUGAAGCUAAAAGGUUCCUCGACUACAUCACAACACCACAAGUGUCAUGUGCAUCGUUGGCCGGUGGGGAAGCUGCUCAGGAGGGGACCAAAGGCGGCUGGGCUGCGUGUCUGGACCCCAAGUACAGCCUGACUCACAAAAUACAAAGCAAACACUGCAGGGUUUACUCUUUCGGGUUGGGUGUGGAUGAUCGGUCCCUGGAGCGCUCUCUUGCAAAGGCAGGAUGUGAGGUCCACUGCUUUGAUCCCAGUCUGAAGCAGCCUCACCUGCAGCAUGCUGAAAUGUGGCUCCAUCGACUCUCUGUAGACUGGAGGGAUCCCAACCCGGCUAUCAUUGCCCAGCGUCAGUACGCCAACACCAAGAAACUGGCCACCAUCCUUAAUGACUUUGGACACAGACAGGUGGAUGUACUGAAGGCAGAUAUGGAGAGCGCAGAGUGGAAGAUUCUGGAGAACUUGGUCCUUGAAGGAGUUCUGGACUCGGUGGGUCAGCUGUUGCUGGAGCUUCACCUGCACUGGGCAGGCUUUGAGGUGGGCGGAGACGACCCAUCUGUGGUGCGGUACUGGUUCAGCGUGCUCAAGGAGCUCGAGCACGCCAACUUCCGCCUCUUCCACGUCCACAGCGACCCGGCCAAGCCUCGUCUCUUCCUGCAUAAGAACGUCCUCAACGCCAGCAGUGCUUACACAUUGAGCUGGGUGAACACAGAGUGGAAGCCCUGAGGGAAUCCAGACUGAAUGACUGAACCGAAAAAGAGCCAUUAUCUCGGCCAGAGCAGCUUCUGAAUGGAAAUGUACGAGUUUGUGUAACACAGAGUUUGAAGUCGGAGCACAUAUUCUUGCUAGAUCACAGCUGUACAACCACAAACUGCUCUUAUCUAGCCUGACCUUUUUGCAAAGCAGAAAUCCCUGCUCCUACUUAUCCUCCUGCUCUUCCUCUCCUGGCCUGUAAUGACCUCAGCCGUGUAGAGAGGGGGGUGGCAUAAUUGCCUCCAGAGGCUCCCUGUGUUCUACCUCAUAGUGGUGGUGUUGUUGGCUGCAGGUCAGCGUCUGAGUCACAGCCACCCCUGUCAUCAUGGUCCUAUCUGAGCUUGGCUCACAGCCGGCCUGAUAUUAGACAACCUUUACAGAUUACAAUAGGCUGCACGGACCCUCAGACCACACCUCUUAAAUGUUCAGUGUUGAGGAUUUAGGGGGAUAUAUUGGCAGAAAUGGAAUAUUAAAUAAUUAUUAUGUUUUCUCUGCUAUGUAAUCAAGCUAAAAUAAGUCUUUUCGUUAGCUAAGAAUGAGCCGUUUAUAUCUACAUAGGAAGCGGUACUCCAUGGAGAUCGCUGUGUUGCUACAAUAUCCCAGAACAAACCAGCUAAACACUGGCUCUAGAUAGGGCCAUUCGCAUUUCGUGUCGGCCACUGCAGGUAGCAGCCCUCUCUGCUUUAUUCAGUGUUUUUACUGGUUUAAAUCACUGGGUCCGUUUUAAAGCUGCCCCCCAAUGGUUGACCAAAUGUUAGUCAAAUCAGAAAGGUCAUAAGUUGGCAAGAUUUCAAUGGUCACUUAGUCGCAAAAAGAAACUCUAUUAGGAGCAGCGACUCGUCAAAGUCAAAAUAAAUCAAAACCUAUUUAUCUGGACCAUGUGGGAAUUUAAGACACUGGAAGUGGCCACGCUCAGCAGUCAGACAGGAGACACAUUACAAACCAAUCACACCUGACAGAUAUCUUUCCCUUCUUCUGUAAAUAUUCAGUCUGAUAAAUACGGAAAAGUUGAUCAUGUUAGUGCAGGGCUACCCAGAGCUUUACAUCUGUCCCACAGACGACAGGCCUACACUUUCAGAAGAUGAGCUUUGCACUCAGGAAUUCAGGUAAAUAGUCUAUACAGUGCUUGUUAGGAUUGCUUAGCAACCUAAGAUGCAACCUGCCGCAGCGCUCUUGAAAGCUGGCACAGAUUUCCAGGCAGUAAAUAGGCUAUACGAUGCUUGUUAAGGUUAUGUUGCUACCUCAGACGCAACCUGCCACCGCACUCUUGAGAUCUGGCACAAAACUUGCGCCCAGUGCCUGACCUUAAGUUUUCUAGGCGGUUAAUUUCCAGGGCUGGUACCAGCAGUUAUUCCACAGGCUAGUUAAUAACAUGUCUGGCAGGAAAUCCAAAGUGUGGGAUCAUUUUGAGAAGGUGAAGGACGAACCCAAGGUGAUAUGUAAACUCAUCUUCAUUGGUCGACUACAAACAUGACGUAUCAUCUGAAACAUGGAAGUAGCUACAUGCCCAUUAGCCCACAGCGUCAUUAACAGGCGGCUCGCUCAGUGUGUGACGUGCACUUGUAGAUAAAAUAUAGGCCUAUAUUAAUGAAGGUUCAUUAGUACGGUUUUGUAUUUCUCUGUAAUGUAGCACAGUGUUAACAAUGUUACUGAUACUAUUCUUUCUCACACCUUCAACUCAAACCAUUGUGUUGCCCCGCACAAAAUAUAUCAUUUAAUAAUCAAAUUAAUAUCGAAAAAUUGUGGGCGACUAGUCGACUAAUGGCUCUAAACGACGACUAUUGGUCAACUAGGAAAAUUCGUCGUCGGGGGCAGCCCUUGUGCUUCUGUUCAGAGAGAAGGACCUCUGCGGAUAAUUCAGCUUCCAGUAAAACCUCGUAAAAAUGUUUGGAUCUAAAGUCAUCAGAGAAAAAAACAUGAGCACACAUUAGCAGGUGCUGGGCUAACCCCGUCUCCCGUAAGCAAACAGUGUUAGAGAAACACUGAUUUGUAAAGUGAAACUGCUUUAUUUAAUGUUCUUUUUCAGUUAUAAUCACCUGCUCUGUUUGUUGUGGAGAGGAAGAGACCUCUGUGAAUAAUCUGGCUCCCGUUAAAAGCCUUCUGUACAUUAAACACUGAAAAAAUUCUAACCUGGAGAAGCGUCAGCUGCAAUCUGCAAUCCUCACUGCCAGCUGACACUAAAUCCCCCUAAAUCCUACACACUGCUCCUUUAAUAGAACAUGAAUUAGUGGAAAUGGAUACAUGACGUCAAAGAGGGUGGAUGGAUGAAAGAUUCUGUCUCAUUGACAGUAAGUGAGUAUAUGUGGGAGGCAAUUGGAGCUGCUUAAACAGAAAGAGAAUAAGCAAUGGAAUGUGGGUGAUAAAAGUAAAGAGAUGGGAUCUGCUCCGGAGGCUGAAGAAGAUAUCUGGGCGAACAGACGCUUCCCUGCAGUUGAACCCUGAUACGAUUGUAUCUAAAAACACAAAACCCAACAAUAAUGUGAAGAACGUCACAGUGAUGUCUCCAGAUUUGUUCAGUGUUUGUUGGAUAUUUGAAUGAGAGCGCGUGGGCGAGUGCGUGGGAAAAAGACAAAAAGAAAAGAUGAACUCCAAUUAUCUUCUUUUUUUCCAUAUUUCAGUUUCCUGGGUUAUAAUAGAAAAACAACAAUUGAGAUCCACACAAAGACGCAUUUUGUGUGACUGUCAGUUCUUUUCCGUCUUCUGUUUUUCUUCUGGUGUUCAAUUGGCCUCGCUCCACUAUCUCUGCUGCACCAGAACUUCACCAACAAACUUCAUCUGAACACGCAGCACCAGGCUGACAACCUCAAAAGAGGAUCCACAUUCAAAAAUGAUCCAAUUAAUGUAACUUGCCAAAUAUUUUGAUGUAGUUUAAUAAAGAAAGGAAAGAUGAAAGGUUUGAUGACUCCAUGAUUUUGUGUUGAAUUAUAGAUGAAGAAACAGUUUCUCCAGGCGAUGCUUUGCUUUCUUAAAGAACUAUUUCACUCAAGAUGGUCUGUUCAUGAAACUGGGCCGUCUGUGCAGUAGAAAGACGCAAAUACUUUUAAAAU